CUUGUCUCUAAAGAGUGCUAAGUCACAAAAAAUAACAGCGACACGAUCACCGCCAUCAAAGCAAAAAGCAAACAAACAAAAUGGAUAGACAUGGCAGGAACUGCUGGGUGCAGUAUAGCCGGCCGGGCGGCUAUUAUUAUCCUGGCGCGGGUCCGGCUUAUUACACACCGACCCGUCAACACCGGCGACGACACUCAUAUCCCGUUCAAACCAUACCUAUUCCCGCACCAGUGGCAGUUCCGGUGCCAUAUCUCACAUAUCCACUGCCUCUAGCGUAUCCGAUGCAGCCGACGCGCUCGCUACCGCCUCUCGCGAUCACCGGACCGAUACCAGCCCCCAUUCCGCCGCCCACCAUGAACGUACUCGUUACGAGACCGCCGCCUUGUCAACUAGUCUACGUCCAGCCUGCUCCCUACCCAGUGCCAGUAGUCUACCGCCCACCUCCACCUCGCCACCGACCCCGGAAAAUGACGCCAGCAACCCGACGGCUACCAGCACCACCUCCAGCCUCGACAGCGAACGAGAUAGCAGCCGUGAAACUGGCGAAAGACAUGGCCGAACAGCUCGCGGAGAUGAAGAGCUCGACAUCCUCGCCGCCGCCAACGACGGCAACAAGAUCAGCAGCAGACGCCGCAAGCGAGAGGAAGCAAUGGGAAAAGAUGGAGACGCUCGCCGACCACACGGCCGCUGUGCAGUCGGCUGCCAAGGCCGCGCGCGAACGCGGCGAGAGCGCGCUCAAGGAGAAUGAUUGGACCCUCCAGCUGAAUGAUCUCACUAUCGCGGGGGAUCCGAAGCAGCGGCUUGGGAGUCUGAGGGAUGGACUGUUCGGUCCUUAGAGGGUUGGGUGUGGGUGGAAAGAGAGGGUGGGCGGGGAUGGUGUGUAGUGAUUAGUAGUGGCAGGGUUUUGUCCUUGGGGUUUAAGGGGGCGUGUUUUGCUUUGGUUGGGAGGCGAUUAUGAUCU